CCUAAAGAUGUACGGAGCGCGAUUAUUAACAUUUUUGGCCACCGGUUGCUUUAUUGCGUUUGUCGCAUCGGAACAGUUGGCGGAGAGCGCUCAGGAUACUCAAGAUGUGAAUGCGGCUUAUAACGACUUCAGUGAGCGUCUCAUCCGUGCCUUGCUCUCCAUUCCGCCAGAAGCGUACGGAACUCCACCAAAUUAUAAUUCAAAAUCAAGCUACUCAGCACCAGCGGCGCAAAGCUACUCCGCUCCAGCACCCAAGGCGCCUGCUUACUCUGCUCCAGCUGCUCCUAGCUAUUCAGCACCAGCCGCGCCAAGCUAUUCAGCACCUGCCUCGCCAAGCUAUUCAUCUCCAGCAGCUCCCAGCUAUUCGUCACCUGCCGCGCCAAGCUAUUCAGCUCCAGCAGGUCCCAGCUAUUCAGCACCUGCCGCACCAAGUUAUUCAGGCCCAGCCGCACCAAGCUAUUCAGCUCCAGCACCUAAGGCUCCUAGCUAUUCAGCUCCAGCUGCUCCAAGUUACUCCGCUCCUGCCGCGCCAAGCUAUUCAGCUCCAGCACCUCCUGCUUCUAGCUAUUCAGCACCAGCAGCUCCCAGCUAUUCGUCACCUGCCGCUCCAAGCUAUUCAGCCCCAGCUGCACCAAGCUAUUCAGCUCCAGCACCAAAGGCUCCUAGUUAUUCAGCACCAGCACCUCCUGCUUCUAGCUAUUCAGCACCAGCAGCUCCCAGCUAUUCAGCACCUGCCGCACCAAGCUAUUCAGGCCCAGCCGUACCAAGCUAUUCAGCUCCAGCACCUAAGGCUCCUAGCUAUUCAGCACCUGCCGCACCAAGCUAUUCAGCUUCAGCACCAAAGGCUCCUAGUUAUUCAGCACCAGCAGCUCCCAGCUAUUCGUCACCUGCCGCGCCAAGCUAUUCAGCUCCAGCAGCUUCCAGCUAUUCAGCACCUGCCGCACCAAGUUAUUCAGGCCCAGCCGCACCAAGCUAUUCAGCUCCAGCGCCUAAGGCUCCUAGCUAUUCAGCUCCAGCUGCUCCAAGUUACUCCGCUCCAGCCGCGCCUAGCUAUUCAGCUCCAGCACCUCCUGCUUCUAGCUAUUCAGCACCAGCAGCUCCCAGCUAUUCGUCACCUGCCGCGCCAAGCUAUUCAGCUCCAGCAGCUUCCAGCUAUUCAGCACCUGCCGCACCAAGUUAUUCAGGCCCAGCCGCAUCAAGCUAUUCAGCUCCAGAGCCUAAGGUUCCUAGCUAUUUAGCUCCAGCUGCUCCAAGUUACUCCGCUCCUGCCGCGCCAAGCUAUUCAGCUCCAGCAUCCAAGGCUCCUGCUUACUCCGCUCCAGCUGCUCCUAGCUAUUCAGCACCAAGCUACUCAGCUCCAGCCGCACCAAGCUAUUCAGCUCCAGCGCCUAAGGCUCCUAGCUAUUCAGCUCCAGCUGCUCCAAGUUACUCCGCUCCAGCCGCGCCUAGCUAUUCAGCUCCAGCACCCAAGGCUCCCAGCUAUUCGUCACCAUCGGCGCCAAGCUAUUCAGUUCCAGCACCCAAGGCUCCCAGCUAUUCAGCACCAGCCGCUCCACCAGCUGCUCCAAGUUACUCUGCGCCUGCCGCGCCUAGUUACUCAGCUCCAGCACCUAAGGCACCUGCUUACUCAGCGCCUGCGGCUCCCAGCUACGCUGCUCCUGCUCCUCAAAGUUACUCAGCACCGCAAGGCUUCUCACCGUAUUCCCCUCGCCAGAUGUUGGGAUCACCUAGAAGCUCAAAUUACGGCCAAGCUGCUGAUGGUGGUUUAUCUAUACCGGCUCCACCUUGUUCCAAUAGUUAUAUUCUUAGUUGCAACAGCGUUUUAAAACCAGCUCCAUGCAACAACCAGGGAUCGGCCCCCGCUUACUAAAUAGAAUAGGAAAAUAAAAAUUG